GGUGACUGUAGCAAGCAACAUCAACGCCGUUGCCACCGAGUGACAGUUCCAGCAUGAUACCUUCGUGAGCCUCUCUCUCGACAACAUGGUCCGCAUCAAACACCGCUACCUCCUCUUCAAUGUCCUCUACCCUGCCACCACUCCCACACCACCCUCCUCUCAGACAACGCCCUCGUACGUCCUCUUCUCACGGCCCAGCCCACCUCACCUCAAUGCGCGCCUCUUACUGUCCACGCUUCGCUCCACCAUUCAGUCCCUCUUCGGCGACCAUGGCCUGUCCGUCGUUCAAUCUUCCCUGCGAGUCAUCUACUUCAGCCCCAGCACGAGCACCGUGAUUCUGCGUGUACCCCGAGCACACUUCCGCCUUGUCUGGGCUAGCCUGACAUUCAUGGACACUAUACCCGGACCCGAUAGAAAAUCCGCGCCUGUACAAUGUGUCAUCAGAGUAACCAGGGUGAGUGGCACGAUCAGAAAGAGCGAGGAGGAGCUACUCCGCCAAGCGCGUAGGGACAUUGUACGCGCAAAGCGGGAAGGCCGAGCAGAUGAAGACGAAGACAAAAACAUGCUUCAAGGCUUACUGGACAAAAACAAAGACAAAAGACCAGGCAAUGCCGCCGCUUUGCGCAUCGAGGAUGAAGAGGAGGGGAUCAUAGACCUCGACGAUGAGGAGGACAUGGAAGAUAUCUCUGAUUGAGCAACCACACUAUUGCACGUCUCUUCAGAAGCUGCUUGACCAAGAGAGCAGGGUGGAAUCAUUUUCCAAAACCACGAAGCAAGCCAACCCGCUAUCAGCUGCCAUGGUCAUGACCCUCCAUCGCCCGGCUCAGGCUCAGGCUCAGCCUUAUCCCUCCUCCUCACCUUGACACCACUAUCGCCCGUCAUCCUAGACACUAUCAUUCGCCCCCUCCGCGCCGCCAAAGGCAUACCCUCCGGCUCGAUCGAUCGUCCGCAAAAGCGACAUCAUACUCUUCUUGUCCUCGACCGCGAGCGUCUCGUACCCGACCAGUCCAUACUCUUCCACGAGGUUGACAAUCGCCUCAUUCAGCGCGGCAAAUUUGUCCUGUCCAAACAUCGGCGACUCUGCUUCCAGGCUCGGCAGCAGGUACGACAGGUCUUGCACUUCUGUAUAAAAGUCCAGAUUGAACGGCAGAGGAGGGUAUUUCGAGAGGUUAUCGAUCUUGGUCAGGACAUUGAUGUGCGUCAUGUCGAGUUGCAGCAUGCUUCGUAAUGAGAGCAGUAGUGUCGAGAUGUAUAAUGACGGCAGUGUCAGGGCGUAUGAGUCGAUCAGGUUGACGACCACUAGCUGUGCACAACCAUAUCAGUAUACUUUGCAC